GAUGAGAGGUAGAGAUGCUGUUGACUAAACAAUGGAAUACAAACUAGAAACAGUAGAAAAUGUAUAUAUUUCAAGUGAUCUUUUAAAGUAGAAUCCAUUCCUUUAGUAUCAUAUAUCCUGAACCUGCCUCCAAUUUGUUUUUGUCUCAGCUACACCGUAUACAGUAGUUCUCAUGCACCUCAUAAAAAAAUCAUACAAUCUUGUGGCUUUAUUAAGGUGUGUUACUAGAUUUGGAAAUUGAAGCUACAGUAUAUCAUUUCCGCUUUUUCCCUUAUUGGACCACGUGGCAAGUGGGGGGAACCAGCCCUCCUUCCAGACUGAGCUACCACAGAGAUCCUUCUCGCAUCCAAAGGCACUUGAGCUAGUCAAAUUUGGAUUCUGUUAACUCUAGUGAGAAGUAUGGCUAAUUUUCUCUGGAUCAAUACCAGCAUUUCUGCUGUUUCCAGUGGCACUAUGUUAUGAAUGCAAAUAUGUCCAGGAAGUACAUUGUGUACUGUUAACAAGAAGACAAAGGAAGGAACAAUCUGGAAUUGCUUUAUCAAUGCAGGAGAAGAUGCUUGAAAUAAAGCAGCUUGGCAUUAAAGACACAUUUCCCUAUUCAAGGCUGUGGUGCUUGCCAACACCCACAAAAAUGAAGGUCUGGAUUUCUAGCAAAGUCUGCCAGUCCAUUAUCCUCUUGCUGUUGCUGAGUAGUGCUUUUGCCCGGAAAAGCCAGGAUCUCCACUGUGGAGCAUGCCGUGCCCUGGUGGAUGAGCUGGAGUGGGAAAUUUCUCAGGUAGACCCCAAGAAAACUAUCCAGAUAGGUUCUUUUCGAAUCAACCCAGAUGGUAGCCAGUCCAUUGUAGAGGUGCCCUUUGCGAGGUCGGAAGCUCAUUUGACGGAAUUGCUGGAGCGCAUCUGUGAGAAGAUGAACGAUUAUGGUGAGAAGGUGGAUCCAUCCAAUCACCGGACAAGAUACGUGAGGGUGAUAUCUCAUGAUGGAACCAAGAUGGACCUUUCUGAAACGAAAAUUGAUGGUGAUGUGACAUCAAGCCUAAAGUUUGUGUGCGAGAGCAUAGUAGAAGAGUAUGAAGAUGAACUCAUAGAAUUCUUCUCCCACGAGGCAGAAAACGUCAAGGACCGACUAUGUAGCAAACGAACAGAUCUUUGUGAUCAUGCCUUACAUAUCCCACAUGAUGAACUAUGAAACACAAGAGGCUUGACUGGCUUGGUGGAUGAAUUUGCUAGUCCUUUGUAUACCACCCCCUUUUUUCCAGCUCCUUUGAAUAUUCUCCCAGCACCCUUCUUUCUGUUUUGAGAAGAACAUUGUAAAAUUUGGGAACAUGAACUGGGGCCUGUGGCACAAAAUGUCAGCAGAUUUCUUCACAGACUUCUAUGAGGAAAACAAAAGAUCCCAUGUGCAUCGCUUGAAACCUGCCGUUAUAAAUUCUUUAUUUUUUUUAAAUGAAGAAAAAAGAGAGACUUCAAUUUUAGAAUGGAUCUUCAUUUUUUUCCCCUACCGCAUAGACAAUGUUUAUGUGGUAAUGCUUUAAUACUUUGUGACUGUAUACAGAGGCAUUGAUUUGUAGGCUGAAUUAGGAGACCAGCAACACAACCCAAUGAUUCCAUUCCAGAACUGGAGUAGCAGAGCUUUAUAAGUUCUGUUAUGACUUUGUUUACCAUCUUACUGUGACAUUGAGCAAGUUAUUUCAUUUAUCUAAGCCUUCUUUGAUAGAAGAAGGAAGGUUCCAUGAUGAUACCCACAUAAUGAGUCCAAAGAGGCAGUAGCUGUAAGGAGGAUCAGUUUCUAGUGUCUUCAAAACAAGCACAAGUUACUGGACAGAAUGGUUCCUGUCCAGUAACUCUUCCAUGUCGCUAGUAUAAUAUAUAGACUGGUUACCACUUGAGUCAUUUGUGUUUUGUGGAGGAUCUGUGUACCAUGAGAGUGGCGUUUAGGAUUGGUCACAGAUUUGCAGUGUUACAGGAACGUCAUUCAAAGCAGCUGAGCUAGGUAGCAAGCCAGCCUAUAUACAGUACAAUGACUGGAGAGCAGUUAUCACAUAGAAGCUGUUUGCCAACCUCCACAGCAAUUAAUAGAAUGAUUCUUGGUGAUGAAGGCUGGUGUCUGACUUCUAAAAUCCAUGCAUGUGCUGAUUUGGAACAUCAAGCAUUUGGAGAGUUGGAUGGUGGGGUCUAUUCAUCAAAGGGCUUAAAAUAUUUAAUAUUUUUUCUUUUUAACACUGUUUUCAAGUACAUAGAUCACAGAUCUGUCAGUGACAGCAAGAAAAUAAAUCAUGCUAUUAUUGAGUUGAUAAACUGGAACUCUGUUUACAGUUU